CAGGAGCACAAAAUCAGUAUCAAACUAUUAUGCGAACGCUAAAGACGUUGGCCUGGAAGUAAAAAAAAUCUGUAAAAGUGCAAAGUAAUAUUUCACUGAUAAAAGUGGCGAUAAUAUACAUAUCUGAAGGUGCUAAUUAAUAGUGAAUACUCAUAGCGGAGUAGUUAAACAUAGGUACAUUAUGUCAAAGUUGGCUAUCAUUCUAGUCUUAUUCAGCACCACCACGUUGGUGUGGCAUCAGACUGAGGCGAAACCGUUUUUAUUUUUGCCGCCGAAAUUCUUCGUCUUAACGACAAGAGCACCAUCAACAGAUAGCAGCGCGUCUGCUACUUCUUACUCCUCUUCCUCCGCUUCGUUAGAAACUGGUGGUCUCUUUCAGCUAAAAACCGACAUCAUAAGUCGUAAACUGAGUUUAAUCAGUAGUCUGCUCUCCGGCUUUGGUGGCAGCAUCGGUGGCAGUUUCGGAUUGGGCUUCAAAUUCAACUCGGUCGGCGGUACUCGCAAUCCCACAACAACAACAACCACAACAGAACCGAAUGUUAUCUUUACACCAGAUGUAACCACAAAAUCGCCAGCAAUUACCACUAAAGCUCCGAUUGCAACUACAAAAACCUCCGUUAUCACUGAGAAAGCUCCAGAUAGUAGCACAACAGCUGAGACAAUUCUGACAACAGACACUACUGCUGUUAACCUCCAGUCAAUAGCAGACGCUAAAGCUCCUACGAUCAGUGCAACAACAACGGGUGACCUCGAAAUCGAAGUCUCCACCACAGAGAGGCCGAAGGACGAUAGCGCUGGCGCUGUAGGCGCUAAUUUUGGCAGCAGCACGUUUGAAGUGCUCAGCGUUGGCGGCAAGGAAGAUAUUCAAAAUGCAGAGACAGUGACAGAUGCCGUGGUCAGUGUGGGUGUUGAUGCAGCAUUGGGAUCUGUGGGUGGUGUAGUACCCGUAGGUGCUGGUGUUGGUGGAUACGGCUAUGAAACAACGCCGCCGGAUACAGAUAAUGAAAUUUUGAAUAGCAAUGUAAGCAGAAUGUACUUGCCGCCACUAUGAGUAUUUAAGAGUAGUUUUAGAAGUGAUCUAAACUGGAGGCAAUCGCAGCAAUGUAUUUAGAUGAGAAUAAAUGUCUUUGAAAAUUAUAAUACAUACGUAAUAUACAAUUUUUGCACUUACGGAUUUGCAUAUGUUUGCUAAUGUGAUACACGCAGAUAAACACAUAUGUACUAAGUACUUAUAUAUUUUAUUUUAUAUUCCGAAUAAAGAACGCCAAUUAAAUUAAUAAA